CGGGGCGGGGGAUGAGUGUGCGGUUUUGAGGGAGCGGCAGGUUCCGGCCCCGCGGGACGCACGGGCCGCAGCCAUGAGCUAUGAUCGAGCUAUCACCGUCUUCUCCCCGGACGGGCACCUCUUCCAGGUGGAGUACGCGCAGGAGGCGGUCAAGAAGGGCUCCACGGCGGUUGGAGUAAGAGGGAAGGAUAUUGUUGUUCUUGGUGUGGAAAAGAAGUCUGUGGCAAAACUGCAGGAUGAAAGGACUGUGCGGAAGAUCUGUGCUCUUGAUGACAAUGUCUGCAUGGCUUUUGCAGGGCUGACAGCUGAUGCCAGAAUAGUUAUAAAUAGAGCUCGGGUGGAGUGUCAGAGCCACAGGCUGACAGUGGAGGAUCCCGUCACCGUGGAGUACAUCACACGCUACAUUGCCAGUCUGAAACAGAGAUACACACAGAGCAACGGGCGCAGACCCUUUGGCAUCUCUGCUCUUAUCGUGGGCUUUGACUUUGAUGGGACCCCACGGCUGUACCAGACCGAUCCCUCUGGCACAUACCAUGCUUGGAAGGCCAAUGCCAUUGGCAGAGGAGCCAAAUCCGUGCGUGAAUUCCUGGAGAAAAACUACACUGAUGAAGCCAUUGAAACAGAUGAUCUCACCAUCAAGCUUGUCAUCAAGGCGCUUCUUGAGGUGGUGCAGUCGGGAGGAAAGAACAUCGAGCUGGCAGUCAUGAGGCGGGAGCAGCCACUGAAGAUCCUGAACCCUGAGGAGAUAGAGAAGUAUGUUGCUGAAAUUGAAAAAGAAAAGGAAGAAAAUGAGAAGAAAAAGCAGAAGAAAACAACAUGAUGGAUGAAGGUCAAUGGCUCAGCUGCUGCUUUUUCACUGAAGCAAUGGGUUAUUCUGUAUAGACCAUUGGUGUAGGCAUUCCACUUGUCCAUACUCUGCCCCUUGGGAGACCUACAAUAAACCUACCGGGUGUUUUUUUUAAA